GUUUUCUCUCUUACUCGCUUUAGUAACGUGAUCGUUCGAUAGCUCAAUAGCUCUUUCUCUCUCGCUCUACCCAUAACAUCCGCGUACCCUCGAAACCCGUGUUCAUAAGGUUUGCACGACUUUGCUAAAGAAACGUGGUCUAGUCAGAUCUGCUCGAGUCACCUUGGGGAUGGUUGAGACGACCUUAACCGUGUCUUGCCGCGCGCGAGGCCGUUUCUUUACCAAUUCCAAGGAAUAUCAUUUCUAUCCGUCAAUGACUCGAUCGGCAAGACACGUCCUUCUCAUACGUUAUUGAAAAAUGACAGACUUAUGGGGAUUAUAAGCUUAUGGGGAUUCUCACGAAUGCCUUCCUGUCUUUUACUGCCGCUAUGUCCAUCGUCUCCCUUUGCCGAUUCCCGUCGUGUUACAGUUGAUACCGGUUCUCUCUCCCGUAUCAGCACGUUCGACCAGCUAAGUUACUUCUGCUGUUGUACCGCCUGCGCCCUGCUGCGACGCGAAUCACUAUUUCAGUUUCUUUCUCGACAUCGAGACUACUGAGAACAUUUUCCCUGAAAUCAAUCUUGCCCUGAAAUCAUCCAUAAGACUUUGCCGAUCUUAGACUACGCAUGAUAGUUACACAGAGAUUUCUUCAAAUUAUUAUUGCCUAUAGAAUUUUAGGUUAGGAUCCUUCUGAUACCUCUCUUAUACUAUUGUAAGACAUACUCUGGAAGAUUCACGCUCGAUCGUACGACAAGCAUUUCCGAAUGCACUUCGUGCCGUCCACGACGGAUGAAUUAUUGAAUUGCAUUGUCGUCCCGACCUCGAUCGCUUGAGAUUUGACUUCCUGAUGUAUAGAUGUGUACUUGGAAGUUUCAUGUCAUUUACGUCGAGCUACUAUCGUUUACUGUUUUGAUCAGCGUAGACGAGUAUGAAAUAUUGUGAAAUAUUUAGGACACAAUAUUUAUCGCUCUUUUUGUUAAACUUUUCAACAGCAGGAAUGUCAUUAUCGAGUUUUUCUCAUUAUUAAAUUUUUAAUUCGUCACUGCUCAUGUAAAUAUUGUUACGUAAAACCAAAUCGUAUUAUGCACUUUGACACGAUUGUCACGACGCUCCUGAUAUAGAGAAAAUGAUGUAUUGCAAACAAUUACGCAAUUGGAAUAGUUUCUAAAGUCUGUGCCAUACAGUGCGACAUGGCAAUGACCCCAAAACUACGUGACCUGUCUUCGAGAAAAAUGAAUAAUUCUAUUUAUCAUCGUCAAUGUUAUAAAUGUAUAACAGGACAUUCUUGUGUUACAGUGUUAAUUCGAAGUCAUUUACAAAAGCUAAUGAUGUGCCACCUGUUAUCGUGAUAGAUAAGCAGAAACUUCGAUAGCUGUGACGUAUAAUGAUUUACUGGACGAUAAUGUUUCAUUGUAAUUAGUACUGUAUUAAUAAGCUCGGUGUAAUAUUUAUUUAAACGUGGCUAUACAAAUGUGUGAAUUCUCGGCUGUAUGUACACGUGUUUCACGUUGAGAGGGGAUUAUCUUAUUUUCGUCGCUGAAUGCAAGCUUGCUGCUCUCUAUUCGCUGUAUUGACCAUAUUGAGCUCAACAAUUUUUAGACUGUGAAACCAUGUCCCUGCAUCUUCGUUGGCCUGGUAACAGGAGUCGCGAAGAAAAAGCGGAAAAGAUCAAUCUUUUGACGUGUAUAAAGUUGGUACAACUACUUCAGCACAAUCACUUAAAACAAAUAUAAUAAUUUAGUGCUCUUUAGUCGCUAAUUAUUUACUUUAUUAUCAAUUUUCAUGCUUCAACCCUUUAACAGGAAGCAAUGACUGUGUCACGGGACGGGCAAAGUUAUCAUAGCCACAUACAAAGGAAUAGAUAAACCAAAGAAUAAGAUAUGAAAAUUUGAGCAUUCUUAAUUACUAAAUAGUUGCUGUAUUUAAACAUUAAAAAAAUAUAUUUUCUCUUGCUCCCUAAGCCGAAGUACCGUCUUCCCGGCCGCAUUUGAGUCCGGGAAGAGCCACUCUUGUGGUCUGCUUGCCUACAUAUAAACAAAUGCAAACAAGUGAAUGUUCAAUCACAAACUCUAAGCGCCUGUGUUUUUACUCAACUCUUCAUAACCGUAAAUUUGUAAUGUCAGUUGAACAAUGAAAAACGGGAAGACGGUACUUUUGGCUUAGGGAGCAAGAAAAAUAGUAUACGACCCAUGGCUAAAAAGUUAAAUGCCCUGGCGUAUGUGAUAUAAAGGCCGAGGCGAAGCCUUUAUAUCACAUACGCCAGGAAAUCCAACUUUCUGGCCUAGGGUCGUAAUAUACUAAUUAAAGGUGCUGAUAGACUUUUGUCGUUGGCCUGUAGGCAAAAUGUACAAACUGUAAAAACAAGUAUACAUAUAUGUAUUGUAUAUUGUUUAAAUCCUCAAACAAAUAUAAAGUUUUGUCAAAAAACUCCCUCUUACCACUACAUUUUUAAAAAAAUGUUUAAAUACAGCAACUAAAUAGCGCAACAAUUUUUAUAUCUUAUCAUUUCGUUUAUCCGUUUUUUGUAUGUUACUUUGAUAAUUUUACCCGUACUGUAGCACUACUUUCGGUUAAACGGUAAUAGCAAUAAAAUUGAGAAUACAACAAACGCUUAGCAACCACAGGGCACUGAAAUUUAGACGCAUCCUGUCACAACCGCUACUUCCGGUUACAGGUUUAAAGGAACAAAAUUUGAAAUAGAGUAAAUAUAAUAAUUAGCAACGAAAAAGCAAUAAAUCAUUAAGCACGUUUUAAAUGAUUAUCCUGAAGUGGGUUUGUCAAACUUAAUACACAUAACCCUUUAUUGUAUCAAUCUAAUAAAUUAAAAGUCCCAAAGGAUUUCAUUUGUAAUAUUAUAUGUCGAAUAUUGAAAUUCUCUCUUAUAACGCUGAGCUAACCAGGAAUACGUUGCUGGGUUGCCCACUAUUCUGUAAAACUUGACUGCAGGGAACCAUAAACUUGUAUCUGGUUGUCGAUCAAAUAAUUAACAUAAAUACAUUAAUAAUAAUUAGAUCUAAACAUUGAGGUGUAUAGUAAUGUCAUUUAAUUCUUGAAUCGAAGUUUCCAUUUAGAUAAUUGUGUUUCCUGAUGUUCAUCAGUGAUGCAAGACCCAGAUCUUGGGAAUCGAUUUCUAUGUUUUGAAUCGUAUUCAUUAUUUAAAAUGAGAUUUAAUCUGCUUUUAGGAUUUAGAGCGAUUGUAAUAUCAUAUAUUAAUUUAUCGUCUUCGUAGAAGAGAUACACGCUGUCAAGUGAGAAUCGGAAUGUUCUAUUGAAAGUUUCGAGCAGGACUUUUCGUCGAAGAAAUUUUAUACUAGAGUACGACAAGGACUGCGCAAUUUAUAGUGUUGCAACUUUGCUUGAUAAUUUCACCAAGUUCAUGUUGUAAUAAUACGCGAUGUUAUUUUCACAUCAGCAUUGUGGAUAAUAAAAUGUAUCUCUGACAAGUUUUCCGAGAUAGCUUUCUCGACUACAUUAUUAUAAUAUAUCUUGCGAGAAAACAAUCACGACGCUACCUUCUUGGCGAGCUUGCCACCAGAUAUCCUGAAAAUAUAAAUUAUAAGCGAAGAAACUUUAUUGCACUUCCCUCCCGCAUUCGCCCUCGUACAUUAAACUGUGCACAUAUAUCAAACAAGUCCUUUUAUUCACGACCGAACGUCUCCUAGAUAGUAGUAAAUGGCGAGGUACAGCGAGCGAGACAUAGAAUUUCCAUUGACACGAUCAAUUUGACUAUUUUCUAUAGUAUCGUUGUUACAUACCUUAAGCUUCAUUUGCGACAACUAACGUCUUUAAGAAACGAGAACGAUAAGUGAAGAUCAAGAACCAAAAAAGAGGACGGAAGUGUCGGUCUAAGGAGAGAACUUUUGGGGGAGGAUGCUUGGGAGCUGGGACUGGGAAGAAGAAUUGGAGCUGGGCGAGGGAACGACCACCCUGUUGCAAGAUAGUCAGAGAAGAGAGAGCCCCGACUCGACACAUCCCGUCCCCGACAGCCGGGUGCUGAGGUAUGCACCCAGCCGCUGCAAAAACCACCCUCCUGCCUUCGACUCGCCACACUCUGGUCCAGAGCCUCCCCUCGACUGUAUCGACUAGCAGCGUGGGAUGGCAAAGAUGCUGACCGCGCGUCCUGAGAUGCAUGAAAAACGGGAUUCCUUAGGCGGAGGGCAAUAUGGAGCCGGCGGCGGUGGUGGGACGGCCAUUGAAGAGAAUUCUGCUCCGGAACAACCACCCCCGCCGCCGCCACCACCGCAGCGAGACCCGUCCGACCCAACGAUCAGCAUUAAAAAACUCCCGAAGAAAAGAAAGUUCGACCCGUCCGAGCUCGAGGAAAUGGACAAGACGAGCAACGUCACGAGCAAUGUUAGUAAUAUGGUCGGCAUUCGAGCAACUAAUCAACCAUUGAGUCAAUCAGCUUUGGUUCAACAAUCAACGUUGCCCAUGCCACAAGCACAGCAAUCGCCGAAUCAACAGCAACAGACUGAUUGUUACCAGGUAUCCACAGUACAAUCGGUGGUAGUGCAACCUCCGCAGAGCAUGGCAGUGGAUUAUUCCCUCCGAGAGGAACCGCCGCGUUCUCGUCCUCGACCAUCUCCCGUUGCGAUUGACCUCAGCGAGUGGCGUGACCACAGAGUGUUAGCUUUAAGAGAUUCCCAUUACUAUCCUGGAGUCAUUCGCAAUGCCAACCAGGGAGAGAUCUUCAUUGAGUUCGACGGCGAAGGGAAGCUAGUGCGAUACGGUGAUUUUCUGGGUGCAGGGAAAUAUGAUGUGAUAAGUGAUGCUAGCCCGCGGGUAGGGCAAGUGACAUUAAACGCAAAGGUUUGCGUUAGGUGUCCGACUUCCAAUAGUCACAUCGACUCGUUGACGAACGUCUUCGUGAAAGGGACUGUGUACAAGAUCUUAACUAAGCCAUUACUUUUCGUUGUAAAAAUACCAAGGGAAGAUGAGCAGUACGACAGUUAUGUUGUGAAGCGUGCGGACUUGAGAUUAGUGCAACCUCCUUGGUGGGACGAGCUCCAGGAAGGAUUGGAGGAUUGUGAGACGGCGAGGGGUUUCGAAGAAGUUGAACAAGGAUAUAGAAAUUCUUUGGAAGCUCCAGCAUCGGUACCCAUUAUGCAGCUUCAUCACACUCCGCACCAUACCUCGCACAUACCAUUGCACGGUGAUACUGGCGGAUAUUAUAGAAGUACUGGUACAAGUCCUCUCAUGGCAUUGGUUACGCAGCCGCACUCUGCUGGUAGCACUGCGCUCAGCAAUGGGAGCAGAGUCUUUGACGAUUUAGAAAGCGAAGAUGAUUUAGAUAGGGAAGACAUUACAUUCCCUUCGGACGCAGAUGCAAAAUUAUCAGGGAGCAGUAAGAGAAGCAGCAUGCAGAGUCGAGGGAGUACCAGUAGCCUAGUUGAGCAACGUAGCAUAACUCCUCGUUCUCAGGCAGCCACACCCAGAUCUCAGGCGGCAACGCCACACAAAUAUAAAAAGGGUGAUGUAGUGGUCACGCCAAGUGGAAUAAGGAAGAAAUUCAAUGGGAAACAGUGGCGCAGACUAUGCAGAGAGGAUUGUUCCAAAGAGAGCCAACGGAGGGGUUACUGUUCCCGACACCUUAGCCUUAAAGGUUCUGGACUCAGGGGCCCCACGAGUACAUUUUCUGGGGGUAAGAUAGACGGAGAAGAGACAUCCAGAGAUUCAGAUACCUCUCCGAAUUAUGGUGAUAGAAGAAUAGCUGGUCGAUUUGAUCAAGAUGAGACGGAGGCUGCUAAUAUGCUCGUAUCUUUAGGAAGUUCACGAUCGGCGACACCAGCUUUUUCAUCGCCAACGGGACAGUCAUCCGUGUCGCCAUGUAUAAAUCAGUCUCCUGUACCUCCGUUGGGACUCAAUCAAAAUGUCUUCAUGCCAAUAUCCAGCCCUGCGCAUCACGCUGCGCCGUUAAUAUCCCCUGGCGCAAAGUGGAAGCACUCUCCCACUCAACAGAAUUUUUUGGUUCAGUACCAACAACAAGUUAUCAAGCCAGAACCCAAUCGCAUGGUCAGACCGAACAGACCAGCUCCGACUGCACCUGCCAGUAUAGGGACAAGUGUAAUACGAAAUUCUCCAGUAGGACGCAGUAUAACUGGACAAAACUUAAAUCUGCCAUGGUCUGAUCAAAGCCCACCACCAAGGCAUCCCUCGGUCGUAACAUCCAUGGCUCAACAACAGCAACAACAACAACAGCAACAGCAGCAGCAGCAGCAACAAGGAAUAAUACUACAACACGCAUUGACUUCAAGCAACGGAUUCUCGAAUCACCCUGAAAUGAUGGAGCAAAACACCCAGCUAUUGAAACCACCUCAUUCACCUCAUAUCCCUCUUUCGGCUCCAGCACCCCAAAACUUGAGCAUUCUUCAUAAGUCCCAGGAACAGCCCGUCGAUUAUGCCCAACCGCAGCCUCAGGCCCAAUCGAUAUAUGUGAUGCAGCAUCAGCAUGAAAAAAAAUAUGUUGUGAUAAAAAACAGUAUGGAAGUUCCGCCUACGGGACACGUAGGAAAUCAGGAUGACAAAUAUAGACAAGGCAUAAUGAAUCAUCUUACACAAAUGACACCGUUGCAUCAGAAUCAGUGUCAGCCGCCCCAGUCGCCUGCCGCUUCAUCCGUCCACGUUGACAAGAUGUCAGUUCUUCAGCAGGCAAGUAAGGUGGGUCUUCAUGUAUCUACGCAUAUGGAUAUGCAAAGAAGUCAACCACAACCGCCGACCGUUGUUAUGUCCGCCACUACGGCAAUAACAAACACUUCUACUCCAACAAGUGUCUUCCAACAUGUCAUCGUUCAGCCAAACCACUUGGUGCAAGUUCCGAAGGCUCAACCUCUUCGAGAAGAAAACUCGAAAAAUAAUGGAGUACUCUAUGGCAGCCACGAUGUUCUUCCUACGUACCAGUCUCAUCAUCCAACGAUACUGAACAACGCUAUGCGCAACUGGAAAAAAGCUUUUUCCUGGCAGACGGCAGUGAUGGAUCAGCCAGAGGUGAGUCCACCGCCCUCAGCCCUGAGUCCUCCUUUGAGCGCACCUCCAAUUCCCAUGAGCAUGGGCAACCCUGGUGAAGACGGUCCUGGCCCUGGUCCAGAUCCUAUUACCCCCGCGGAAGAAGACGACGACGAUGUUUUCGAAGCAGAGCCAACAACCCCUGCAGAGGUAGAGGCUAAUGCUAACAAGAGGCGCAGCCAAUCUCUCAGUGCUUUGCAUACCAAAGAGCCUCAGAGUCCAAUGAAGCAAACUAUGAAAAAACCUCCAAUGUUGCAGACUAAGGACAGAAUCCGACGGCCCAUGAACGCAUUUAUGAUAUUCUCCAAACGGCAUCGGGGUCUCGUGCACAGUAGACAUCCUAAUCAAGAUAAUCGGACUGUAUCGAAAAUUCUCGGAGAGUGGUGGUACGCUUUGCGUCCCGAUGAAAAACAGCGAUACCAUGACCUUGCCUCAGAGGUGAAAGAGGCCCACUUUCGGGCACAUCCAGAUUGGAAAUGGUGCAGCAAAGAUAGACGAAAAUCCUCAACUAGCUUUAAGGGCGGAGAACCUAGAGGGAAAUUAAAUAGUACCGGGGAAGAAACAGAUAUGGGACCACCAUCGGAUGACGUACCACUGACACCACGAGCUUCGGAAGACAUUACGGUACCUGUCACCACAGUCUAUAACGAACCUCCUAGCAUUGAGAUUGUCAGUCAAUCGCAUGCACCACAUCGCAUGCCUGAAAUGCCUUUGCAAAUUGAGAACAUGGAUUCCGACGUUAAACAAGAGGAUGACGGAAAUGGAUCCGACGAUGAUCAGAUGGUCAUUUGCGAGGACCCUCAACCUGAAAUAGAUUUAAAGUGCAAAGACAAAUUGACGGACAGCGAUAAUGACGGACAAGAAGAGGACGUUGAAAACAAAAAUUUUGGCCAAUCAAGAUUCUCACCUGUGAGUGGACAAAAGAGAGAAGGGCAGAAUGUUAAGCAAGAAGUAACAUGUAGACCUAAACCAAUAAAAGCACGUUUACCAUCAACUGGAAUAGAGACUACGACAAAAUAUCAUCACACUUCCAUGGACAAGGGUGGCACCGUAUCCGUUUUAUCCACCACAUAUCCAUACCAUAGUCCUGUCAAUCCAACUGGCGUGUCGGGCUUUCAACCUACCGGUGGGGCCUUUAUAACGAUGCCGGUAUCUCCGAAAGUUAUAAAACCGGAAUCAGUUAAGAGUGAACAGCAAUACAGCACGCAGUAUAGUGUGAGCAACCUAGUACUUCCACAGAACAUACAUAAUGAGAAUGGCAGGAAUAUGCCAAAGUUCACGGCUGCUCCAGUCCUUCAUACGAUUGGAUCGAAACCUAUGAUGGCUCUGUUAAAACAACAGCAGCCGUUACAGCCUUUAGCCAGUGCACAUCGCACUCCUACCUCAACUGCCCCUUAUCAACCACCGCUCACUCUGACAUUACUCGAUAACGAUUUGGUGGCUGUUUCCAAACCGCAGCAGGGACCUCAGUACCUUGGCCCAACCGCGUCGCAUCCAAGGAUGUACUGUGGAUUCCAUAUACCUAUUUCUGAUGCUGGUAGCCGCAACAUAUCCGUGCAAAAUUUAGUUGCCGCCAGUAAGGUGGAAACGCCAAGUGUGAUUGUGAGUAAAUCUUAUCCAGUCACCACCUCGAAUUCAAGUACACCGAGUUAUCGAGGAAUUGGCCAUUCCAUUGCUCGACUCGCUGAACCUGAGAAAAAUGACGGUCAAAUAACGGGAAAUCAUGCUCAGUUUUAUGUAAAUAAUAUUAAAGCCGAGCAAGAGAGAAAAGAGGGAGUCAACAUUCUUCUUCCUGUAUCAAGUGAGAAACAUAAGCAGCCUUCGACACAUCAUACACCGCAUACACCUCAUAGUAAUCAGGGUAGUAGUGAUCUUUCUUCGAAUAAGUCUUAUUCCAUGGAGGAAUCUUCAGGCACAAAUAAUGAUGGAACACCGAGCAAGGGACCUUUUAUGCUUGCGCCGACACCGGCGCAGCUUGGUCGGGCACCGUUACAAAGGAGACAAUCAAUGGCAAUGCCUCCCACAUCAAAUGCAGGAGACCAUGGGCCUCUGACGUCUCAGCAUUCCGACAAUCGAUCAGCGACGAAUACUACUCAAAACGCAGAGCAGUCGCAGCAACAAAAUUUAUCGGAACCUAUUGCUUCACCUUCUACUAAAAAGAGUUCGUUCUUUAAGAAGAAUGUGGAGGAUGGCAUGGAUAGAGUUUUGGAGCAAGUGAACUUCCAAGAGAAGUUCUCCUCGCUGCCAGAAUUUAAACCGGAAGAUAUACAGAGUCCAAGUGCUAUCACCAUGAAUACACCUGCAGGGUCAUCUUCCCAUCCAUCAGCGUCUGCCUUACAUCCGUCGAAUUUGUCAUCUUCCAUACCAGGCUACCGUAAGAAAUCUACACAGGGACCUCAUAGACCCACGUUGAAUGAGGACAACGUCGAGUCGGAUGUGUCGGUGUCUGCAACUCCGAAGUCUACAGCGAGCGUGAAGUUGACGGGCAACACGUUUUUCGGUCCGGAUUUCAAUGUUGAUGCGUACAGAGCUAACAGCGAGCUUGUGGGAGACGUCGAUGCUAAUUCUCCAAGGACUCCGAAGACCCCUGGCGGUGGGGUAGCGAGUGCUAUAGGAGUUGGUAGAAGCGACAACGAACGGGGUCCCAGGAAAGUGCUGGAACAGCGAAGACAACUGGUGAUGCAGUUGUUUCAGGAGUACGGUUAUUUCCCGUCGACUCAAGCUACUUCAACCUUUCAAGCCAAGCAUUCGGACAUCUUUCCAACGAAAGGAAGCCUGCAGCUGAAGAUUAGAGAAGUUAGGCAGAAAUUAAAAGCCAAUCCAACUCCGAUGAGUGCUAAUAGUCUGGUUAGUCCGCUGCCAGUGUCAGAGCCAUCUCCUAGCAUAACCGGACCUUUAACUGCUCCUCCUACGUCGAUGGGAGCUCCACUUACACUGCCAGUAAGCAGCAGUGGUAGCUAGCGCCCACGUGCCAACUGUGAUACUAUGCAUCCCUUUACUCCGUAACGCGAGUACGUCAUUAUCCUUUGAAGAGGACGGUGUUUAUUUGCUAGAAACGUUGGUGUGCAGUUUCUUUGCAAAUGCGUAAAGUAUGCUGUAAGGCUUCAGUGCAAUUUGAACCUUGGUUUAGGUUAAUUAGGGUGGUGUGCCAGGGCGUGUUAACAUACAAACAUCAGUUAUUGCCUUUGUAUCUUAUUGUACAUAAAAAAAGGUGGUUACGAUGAGAAAUCCCCUAAAAUUCCAGGAGAAUUAUCGAAAGAGUUUAGAAAACAGAAGCCGUGAAAUUAAUAUGUGUUCAGGAUGUUGUGUUGCUAUCGGGAAUAGAAUUUAAAACUUAAUUACGUUCAGAGCACUGCCGACGUACACGAUCCAGGUUAUCGUGCAGAUACGUACACAUUUGUUCAAAUUAGACAAAAUUGCCGAUCAUCGUUCAUUCGCUAAAAUUACAUUUCUCGAAAUAAAAAUGUACCGUAUCAUUUUAAGAGCAUGAAUGACAUUGAAUUAUACGAAUCGCCGAGAGCAACUAGACACCUCUUUCAAAAUACGAGCUUUCUUCAACGAAGAGUAAAGACAAUACCAAUUUGCGUUCUAGCUCAAGAUUCUGUUACGAUCGAAUUGAUCGAUAUUAUUUUGUAAUCUGGUAUGAUUACAACCUCCCAAUUGCACUCCUAUUUGAAACUAUUAACUGAUUAUUGUACCUUGACACGUCUGGGUCAAAAUUAGAAAAGGCCUAAGCCGUUGUUAAAUAUUGUUGAAAAUACUAUGAGAUCCAGUGCAGAGAGAAUCAUAAUCGGAGAGUAUUAGGAUUAAUGGAAAAUUAUAAAAUGAAAUCAGAGUUUAUAUACUUUAGUUAUACUUUAUAUAUACUAUAGUUGGAAAGGAAAACUCUAUAGAUGAAAAACUACAGUAAACAUUGCACAAAAAUCUAUGUAACGCAAUCAGCAGACAUGUUUAUGUUACGUGUACAUAUUACAGUAUAUUUCGAGAGAUAAAGGGAUAUCGAUUUAAAGUGAGGGGGGGGGGAGAAAAAUAAAUAGGGUGGGUGAGAAAGAGAGAGAGGGGGGAUAGUGUGUGUGUGAUAGAACUAGAAUGUGACAGAAAGAGACUCUGCGAGAAUGUGAGAAUGAAAGGGUGUGGAAGGGGGAGAAAGGAUGAUAAAAGGUGAGAGUACUGCAUCGAUCUUGACAAAACUUGAGAUGGAGACAUUUUCUGGUGAUUCGUAGAUUAAUCCUGUUGGGGAUAAAGAAAAAAAUCGUGCCAUCGUGCGGCGACACAACGGGGGAACGCAUGCAUUAUAUAGUCCCUUGUUAUUAUUGAAAUAACUGUUAGAUGACACUUGGUAUAGAUAAUAUGUAAAAUGUUUCCAAUAUUCCCGAAAGUACUUAUCGACUGUUUUUAGGACUUUGCUAAGAUUCAACGUGUUUACAUAUAUUUUAUAGGUGUUUUAGAAUUGGUCGAUUUUUUUUCUAUUCUUUUUUUUGGCCACCCUAGAUAUAAGCGGUUUUAUAUUGGCCGUGAGUACUUUUUUUUUUUUCUUAUUUUUGGCCAUGACGAUUACGAAUUUUACUUUCAAUCUUCGUUAUAAUCAGCUAACGGUCCAGCACAUGGGACAUAAUGUGAACACGUUAACAUUGAGGUCCUUUUACAAUUCCAAGAUGGUGGCUCCUGGCUGGUUUUAAUGAUGAUUCUUUUUACAAUUUAUAAGUGUAUCUUUUUUGGUUUCCUUUUAGAUUGUUAAAACUCUGUAAACUAUUAUCCAAAUGUGUUGAAUUUUAGCAAAGAUUGUUGAAUUUUGCUGUAAAAUAGAUAAUGCAAUUAGUGGAAUGUUCAUUGAAGAAGCGCACUUUGAAGAGUUUUGAGGUCUCGCGCCACGGCACGCAUAUUGUAGUUAGGAUAGGAACAAUGUCUAUUCUACAUAUUUUGUAAAUAGAAAGUAUGAUACACUAACUGAAUACAUAUUAUAUAAAAUUUAGGAUACAAUUGAAAUAGUAGAGUAUAUAGUGUUGUAAUUUGUAGGAUAACCAUUAUUAAUUAUGAGAGCGAAGGCAGGAUUAGGCUAGUUUAAUUACAGAUUAAUGGGCCUUUAUACGUCGUGGACUUUUUGUGCUCGGGACGGUCCCUCCACCUCUCUUAUCCUUUCUCCUGUUCCCAGAAGACUCGCCCUCAAAGUUAUCCUUUUCCUAAAGUGUCGAAUCACUUUUUAUUUGUACAUAAUAUAUAAUUACGUUACUAUCUCAACACUCAUUGAUUUAUUAUUUUUUAUCAAAUGUGAAAUGUAAUGGCGGCAAGCGACAGUUCCACGGAGGGACGCCUAAGACCUGUACUGAUCUCCUUAGCAAAAUAAAUCUCGACAUUUAAUUAGAUUAGGUUUGCAGUGUACACUCCAUACGUGUAAACGUCAUAUGGGUAACACUUUGCUCGCGUGAUGCACUUUUCGAUGGAUACAUUGCACGAGUAAUGAUGUGCGGUUGCCUAAAAUGUUUAUAUCAUUUUUGAAUCCAAAAUUAGUGAUACUGUAUAACAAUUCGUUCGCAUUAUUCUCAUGAGCCGUUCAGUGAGUACACGUUGAAAUAAAAAAUUUAUUACAAUAAUAUAAUGACAGUAUGUUUCUACGAGCGAAAAGCAUCGAUAAAGUCAAAUCUUUGUAAGCAAAAUAUUUAACAAUAUCAAUUUUGCUUUGAUAAUAAUAAGCAAUGAAACUUCAAUGCUCACAGCUCGUUUCUUAUUGCAUUUUGAUUGAGUUACUUAUAUGUUCAACGAAAUAACGUUAUUAAUACUUAUUUAUUAAUGUCGCAUUUAAAUUAUUUGAUCUUCCAGACCCUAUAAAUUCAAUUAUCAAUAUUGUUAUAACCAUUUUAUUGAUACUCUGCGUUGUGUUUCUCAAUUAAUACGGCAGCUCUUUAAAAAGUUCUUGGAAAGUCCAAACUAAAGAAUUGUUGGAUCGUUGGAUUGUUGGAAGUCUAAACUAAACUAAAGCUUUUCCAAUCUAAAGGAACUUUUCAAAGACUCUCUUGUAUAUUUUGAAGAGCAACCUAUCGUGGAAUUAUCUAUUAUACACAAGCCCACAUUUUGCAGACCAGAUGAUCCGAUCGGCAGAAUGUAACGUCGAAAUCCUUCCUAUGGUUUGUGUUUGAAGUUCUUCAUCAAAUACGUAGGUCUGGAAGUGUCGCCGUGCUCAUUAUGAUCGUAUCAUAGCAUUACUCAUCGCGUAGCUUAUCAUCUUUCUAAAGAUGACUCGAAAAUCGUGAAGAUAACUGAAAGGAGAAGAAUUAAAUUUGAAUUAGGUCUGAACAUGGUCGGGAGCGUCCCUCGUACUUGCCCCGCUCAAAGAAUUAAAAGAAUUACUAUAUUUUCUACUUGUGUAAAUUUUUAAGCUACUUUCCAGUAUUGAUAAGAUUUUCAAAAAUUCUUUGAUAUUUUCUUCCUUCUAUUCCACGUCUCUCUUUUUCUUUCAUUUUCACGCGUCUACCACGCUCUUUUCUUGUUUUCUCACUUUUUUUUUCUUCCUCAUAAUUCCUACGUCUUUUUUCGUUAAUUUUUUUUCUUACUAAAUGGUGAUGAAAUGUGUUCCGUGACUUAGCAGCCAUACAAGUGACUGUGAUCUAGGCAAGCAGAGGUAAAGUUUAAUGGCGGCUACACCCAGUGACUAUUUCUAUCACCAUGUGUAAUUUUUUUUUUCCUGUCUCGAUCCUAAGUAGCUCCGCUUCCUCCAUUACGAAAGCGAACACUCAAUUGCGCCCUCCUACACAUUUAAUAUUAUUAUUUGCGUUAUCGUAUUUUUAUUAUGCUAUUAGUUGCUAUUAUCUCUUAUUAUAAUUAUUAUUAUAUUGUCUCCUGUUUAAUUUUGAAAUAUUUUUAAAAUUGUUAUAUAUCAAUCGAGUAUAAUGUUACGCAAAAAUAUACCACACAUACAAAGAAAAAUAAUACCACAUAUAGAAGUGAUGAAAUGUCAGUAAAUUCUUCUGUAUAUAAUAUAUUUGAGAAGAAAAUUAAUACACGAACGUACAUGUAUAACCGCGUGAGCGAUAUCGCGCACAGAACAUAAACAUACAAUACGUAUAUCAUAAAAUAUAAAUGUAUGAAAAAAAUUAUAAUAUGAUCAAUAUAUAUUUGACAUUUUAUAAAAAAAAAAAAAAAA